AUGAAAGGCGUCAUGCAUUCAUCCCGAGGUGGCCGGCCGAGCAAGGUCACCAAGCCGGUCGGCGCUCCGCGCGCAAGAGUCAAUCGUCGAAUCGGCGCUGUUGACGGACUUGCAAAUCAAGAUCCCGACCUUGAGCAACAAGAUGCUACUACUGAUGAGGAUUUCGACAAUGAUACCACUUUCGAUCCUGAGGCGGCGGCUGCUGCUGCCGCCGCCGCCGCCGCUCAGCAGCAUCACCAUCACCACCAGCAGGUGGAACUCACCGCAGCUAGCAUUCUAGCUAACAGCGUUCAGAAUCCCAAUGAUCAGCAUCCUGACCUUAGCGGUCAUCUUAUGGGAGGUGAUGAUGCUGGGGUUCAUACUACAGAGGAGCUUGCUCACCAGUCCGGAUAUCUCGAUAUCAACAUUGAGAGCGCUUUGGCAAAGAGACUGGCCCGCGACCCUGGCAUGCGUCUUGCCCAACAGCGACGUACCGGACAGAAAUUGAAUCUAGUCCGGCGUAGCAACGUCGAAGCUCUCUUCGCACAUAUUGCUGGCGAGGAGGCACCCCAGCCAUGCAAGAACUGCCACAAAGGCCACGGGCCUUGGACUAGCUGCGUAAUCAUCGACGGUCAGAUGUGCGGCAGUUGUGCCAAUUGCUGGUUCAACGCAUCUGGUGCUCGAUGCUCCUUUCAUGAGACUCGCAAUCCCCAGGCUCACGGAAGUCAGAUUGGUGGUGACAAUUUCGCCUAUCCCAUGGCCGCUCCACCGCCACCCUCAAGCAUGACUCCGUUCAACUUUGCUUCGAUUCCUGCUUCUACUGAUCCUGUUGUGCGCUAUACGAUAGAGCAAGCAUUGGCCCAGGUCCGCGGAGCAGAUCGCGCAAACAGGCUUAUGAUCAUGAUCGAUGCAACUACGAAGCAGCUAGCCUACCAGAUUUGCCUGUACGAGGAGGCUGUUCGUGAGCAGCAGAACCAAGCUGGCCAGGCUGGUCAAGCUGGUCCUCAAACCGGCCCUCAUGGAGCUUCCCAGUCCGUCGUGAAUGAGCAAGAUGCACCUUAG